GGACCUGGGCUGGGUCAGCCCUGGACGGUGGUCCUCACGCUCAUCACAGCUGGCUUUCUUCGAGGCCAGGACUGGGGGAUGGUGUCGCUACUCCUGCCGCAGUCUGACGUCACGCUGCCGGGCCCCACCAGACUGGAGGGCGAGCCCCAAGGGGACCACAUGCAGGCACCGGGCCUCCCAGGCUCCCCUGCCCCACAGAACAAGCAUGCCGGCUUCAGCUGCUCAUCAUUUGUGCCCGAUGGCCCUCCAGAGAGGGCACCCUCACUGCCUCCACACAGCCCCUGCGCCGCGUCACCAGGUCCCGAGCAGGUCCACUGCCCAGCUGGCCCUGGCCUGGGCCCCUUCCGGCUCUCACCCUCAGACAAGUACCCCGGCUUCGGCUUUGAGGAGGGCCCGGCAAGCAGCCCCAGGCACUUCCUCAAGGGCAGCCAUGUGCCCUUCCAUCCCUACAAGCGGCAUUUCCAUGACGACGUCUUCCCUGAGGCCCAGACCGCCUCGGCCCUCGCUGGACACUCCUUUAAGACCCCAGGGGCGCUGGAGGCCUUCGAGGAGAUCCCCACGGAUGUCGGGGAGCGUGAGGCCUUCCUGCCUGGCUUCCCAGCAGAGGCCUGGUGCGACGGACUCCCCUACCCCAGCCGGGAGCACAGCCCCCAAGUCCUGGGGUCAGAAGUCAAGGUCAAGCCCCCACCUCUGGAGAGUGGUCCAGGGAUGUACUGUUACCAGCCCCCCUUGCAGCAUAUGUACUGUCCUUCCCAGCCCGCCUUCCACCAGUACUCACCAGGUGGCAGCAGCUACCCUGUACCCUACCUGGGCUCCUCACACUAUCCAUACCAGCGGAUUGCACCCCAGGCCAGCACCGAUGGGCACCAGCCUCUCUUCCCAAAACCCAUUUACUCCUACAGCAUCCUCAUCUUCAUGGCCCUGAAGAACAGUAAAACUGGGAGCCUUCCUGUCAGCGAGAUCUACAAUUUUAUGACGGAGCACUUUCCUUACUUCAAGACGGCGCCUGAUGGCUGGAAGAAUUCUGUCCGCCACAACCUGUCUCUUAACAAGUGCUUCGAGAAGGUAGAGAACAAAUCAGGCAGCUCCUCUCGCAAGGGCUGCCUGUGGGCCCUCAAUCCAGCCAAGAUCGACAAGAUGCAGGAGGAGCUGCAGAAGUGGAAGAGGAAAGACCCCAUUGCCGUGCGCAAAAGCAUGGCCAAGCCAGAAGAGCUGGACAGCCUCAUUGGAGACAAGAGGGAGAAGCUGGGUUCCCCACUGCUCAGCUGCCCGACCCCUGGGCUGACAGGCUCAGGCCCCAUCCGGCCCCUGGCACCUCCAGCCGGGUUCUCCCAGCCGCUGCACUCAAUCCACCCAGCUCCGGGCCCCAUUCCUGGCAAGAAUCCCCUGCAGGACCUACUUGGGGGGCACGCACCCUCCUGCUAUGGGCAGACAUAUUCGCACCUCUCACCGGGCCUGGCCCCUCCCAGACCUCCGCAGCCAUUGUUCCCACAGCCAGAUGGGCACCUUGAGCUGCGGGCCCAGCCGGGCACCCCCCAGGACUCACCUCUGCCUGCCCACACCCCACCCAGCCACAGUGCCAAGCUGCUGGCUGAACCUUCCCCAGCCAGGACCAUACAUGAAACCCUGCUGCCAGACGGAGACCUUGGCACUGACCUGGAUGCCAUCAAUCCCUCUCUCACUGACUUCGACUUUCAGGGAAACCUGUGGGAACAGCUGAAGGACGACAGCUUGGCCCUUGACCCCUUGGCACUGGUGACCUCACCCCUGACGUCAUCUUCAAUGCCGCUGCCCCAACCCCCAUCCCCAUCCUGCUGCUUCCCCCCUGGGCCCUGUCUGGCAGAGACGGGCAGUGGGGCAGGCGACUUGACACCACCAGGCAAUGGGGGCUCCGGGGCAGUGGGGGACCUGCAUCUCACCACCCUUUACUCAGCCUUCAUGGAGCUGGAACCCACGGCCCCUGCUGGCCCCUCUGUGUACCUCAGCCCCAGCUCCAAGCCCAUGGCCCUGGCAUGAGCUAUGCCCAGCAGCUGCUCCAGCCUUUGCCUGGCCUGGAAGUCCCAGCUGGCCGCCCAUGUCGGGCUCACCUUAAAGGUCAAGGAAGGAACACACUCCCUGUCCCCUAUGCCACUAAGCCAACUUGUUUGUUAGCUGGCAGCUGGGGGUGUAGAAGUCACCACCCAGGAUUCUGCCCCUCACACAUUUCUGCCGCCUGGUACACCAGCUCCUCGCUCAGGGCCCCUGAAGAGCAAGUGUCUGGGCAAGAAGAAAAUGCACUCUCCCCAGCCCACACUCAUCCACACCUAAGCCCUCAUGCACGUAUGCUCAGGCGCACAUGCACAGAAACACACACAUACAGUUAUGCAGACAUACACCCACACACAUACCUUAUAUCCAGAGCAAUCAGAACUACAUCACAGAGCCUGACUUCAUUUUGGGGGCAGCUGAGAGCUGAGGGCUUUGGUUACCAAAAGCUCAGGGCCCCCGUGCCAGGUCCAAGACCACUAUGGAACCCUAUCCUGACGUCCACGUUCUCUGCAGGCCCGUUCCCCUCCAGGCAUGAUCUUUCCCAGAGCCCCCUGUAUUUAUUCUCCCAUCUUCAUCCCAGCGGCCCAUCACGAAGGAGGAGAUACGGAGUUUCUCCCCAAGUUGUCUGUGGGUCCACCCCCGGGGGGCUGCUAUUCAGCAGCACCCGCCCUGCCAGGCUCUACCUGUCCUCAACUUAAGCUCUCUCUGGCCUUUCCCAGGAUGACACACAGGAGGGGCAGCGUCCACCCCAGGACCAAACUGAGCCCAAUUCCGACACAAAGUGUUUGGAAAAGCCCUUGCCCUCAGAAACUUGAAAGUGUCCUUUUCUCCCAGCCCUGGGUGCAGGAAGGGCCCCUCCAGGUCACUACAGUCUCACUCCUGAGAAGUUCACGUAGGUUAGGCCCCAGCUUGUGAAUUACUUCCAGCUGUCUCAGGCAGCCUGGGCAUUCAGGGAAGGGAAGUCUGGUAGAGGCUGGUGGGGGGAGCACACAUGCCCCCUUUCUUUGACUGCUUGGCAGGCCCGGGAUGCCCCUGGAAUGAGGGGGUGUGACCCAGUUGCCCUCCAUGCCCUACCUGAGAGCCCAACCCGUAGCAAGUGGGAGCCUCAGCCUACCCAGGGUCUGAGGGUGACAAGAACCCCCGGAGGUUGGCCCCAGGUUCAGAUGAGACACAAGCAGAACCCUUGAAGACCUGCCAUCGUCCCCUGUCCUGGAACAAUAAAGCAAGUAACUUGUGGUCUCGGCUACCAAGCUUUCCUUUCCGGACCUCCCCACCCUGGGGCAGAAAGGUUAGGACACACUGACUGCAGAUUCCCUGGUCCUGUGAUUUUACCCCAACCCUCACCUAGGACUGUGAAGUUUCAAUCCAAAGAGAGAGAUAUCUCAGAGUACUUCCUGACCAGCACGGGGAGGAUGGGGCUGGCAGGGAGAACUUCCCCGGGGAGAACUUCCAAAAGGAUUGGAGGCAGCAGCUGCCCCGCCCAGAGGAAGGGAGAGGGUGCCCUUCCACCACACCCCUUCAUACCGAGAUCUACCCUCCCUCCUCUCACCCUCCAUCUCCUCACACAAGAAAGGGUCACUUCCCUAUCCUGGCUGUGCCUUCCUGCCCCCAUCUUUCCCUGGCUUGGCUCCGAGUUCCACAGAUGACACGAAUGGACCAUAGCCUGGUGCUGUGUGCACUGCUGGCCCCGGAGGGUGGUCUCUGGAGGGUCAGGGGCCCACUCAGUCCCACUUAGGGUACCACCACCAGGCAGGCUGCUGUCACCAAACAGCAGCCUGAGAGGCAGCCCCACACUCUGCCUGAACAGGGCUGGGGCAGGUGUGGGAGCCAGAAGCACAUACAUGGACCUCAGACCACGAGUCUCAGAGCAGUCACAGGUGGGGCUUUUGCUUCGAAAGUUCUUCCAGGGCCUAGGCCUAGGGGCAAGCCAACACCACCUGCCUUCCCCAGAGGACAGUUCUGCAAAGGAUCCCAUAAUAGAACCCCGCCCUACAUCAGCACCCUCCCUCACAGAGGCUCUAAGUCUGGGGCUGGGGCUAGAGGGAGAGGGUGGGGCAGGGAGUGGGGGAAGGCAUGGGCAGCCAGUGCACCCAAGAGGAAGACACCCCCCACGCUGCGCGCUGCAGCCCAGCCCCGCAGCAUAGGAAGUGGUGAAGGCUCUCUGUCAAGGCCCCAGCUGAUGUUGCACCCCAGCUCUGAGCAACCCCAGGCCUGUGUCUUGAUACCCAAGACCCCAAGGGCUGGGCAAAUGUUUCGUGGGAGAACCCACUUUCUUGCGUCAGACCCUCGGACGCUGGAGACUCAGACAACCUACUGUACACCUCCAGCCUAGGCAGCAAGCAAGGACAUCUCCAGGAGCCUUCAGUCCGACCUCGGUCUUCUGGGCCCAUUCGACACACCUACGAGUAAGCUUGCCCCUGUGCAAGUAAGACGGGUGGCAAGCAGAUAAGACUUGGGGGUCUCAUGUUUGUUUGUUUGUUUUUUUGUAACCAGGCUGGCCCUUGGACUUAAAACCGGGGGGCAGCUUCCCUCUGAACUGAGCCCCACACUUCUGCUCAUAUGCUGCCCCCUGCUGGCCACCUAUCACCACGUGUUCAACCACCGUUUAGAGUGAGGAACAGUCUGAAUGGAUGCAGGGUCUGCAUCCUCUCACACUAUCCACUAGUCCUCUAUUUGUGGGGAAUUAACCCUUUUGUUCAGGGGCUCUAAACAUGAGGGUUCUAAAACUGGUUAGAAUUCAUGAGUCCAUGAAUUUGAAUAAAGGAAUUACACCUUCAUUUUCACUCAUCU